UUUGGAUUCCUUCGUUCUAGACUUGAUUAUAAAUACCUUGCUCCAGUCGCACAAUUCAUUUCAGAACACACAUAUGCUACUCAGCUAUAUACUACAAACACACUAACCCUCUUAGGAUAACAAAAAUGCUCUCCCUUAGCAUUCCAAUUCUAGUACUCCUCCUUGGCCUAUUAUUGGCUUCGUGGAGAUCAAUAAAGCAAUUACUUGAACAACAAAUUUCAUCCUCAAAAUCACUGAAUAAAAUAGAUACUCCAAAGUUACCUCCUAGCCCACCAAAAUUGCCCAUCAUAGGACACCUUCACUUAGUAGGAAGCCUCCCUCAUCGUAGCUUCCAAGAGUUAGCCAAAAAAUAUGGACCCAUUAUGCACUUAAAGCUCGGCUCCAUGCCCGUCAAUGUGAUCUCAUCCCCUCAAAUGGCGGAGCGCCUUCUUAGGAACCAUGACGUUCUUUGUGCGAAGAGACCCAUGUCCCAGGUUUCUCAUGACCUUUCAUAUGGUUCUAAGGGAAUUAUUUUCACUCCAUAUAGUUCAUACUGGAAAAAUGUGAGGAAAUUAUGUGUCAUGGAGCUUUUAAGUGCUUCGAAAAUAAGGUCGUUCGCAUGGUUGAGAGAGGAGGAAUUGAGUAAACUAACGAGUUCCUUGAAGGAUGCUUCGGCGGCAAAUCAAGCCGUAGAUAUUGGCGCUAGCGUUGGUGGUGUUCUAGAGGAGUUGAUAUAUCGAAUGUUGUAUGGAGCUCCCAAAAACGAUGAUUUGGCUCUUAGAGCUGUUGUUCUUGAGGCUUUGAGACUAUCAGGAACAUUGAAUAUUGCUGACUACUUGCCUUUUCUUGCACCUUUUGAUCCUCAGGGUCUCAAAAGGCGCAUAAAAAAACUUAUGAAGACUGUGGACGAUGUAUUAGAGAAGAUUAUCAACAACCAUGAAGAUGAAGCACGGAAGGAACACCGAACUCAUAGAGAUUUGGUUGAUGUAAUGUUAUCGUUAAUGACGAACAACAACAAUAGCUCACCAUCAUAUGGGAUUGAGAGGGAUGGUAUAAAAGCCAUUUUGAUAGACCUAGUUGUUCCGGCAAUUGAUAGUGCUACAAACAUAGUAAAGUGGGCACUUGCAUCUCUUUUGAAGCAUCCAGAGAAAAUGAGGAAAUUACAAGAGGAGAUAGAAGAUGUUGUAGGAAAAAGGGAGGAGAAAGAUUUGCCAAAGUUUAAAUACAUAGACUUAGUUAUCAAAGAAAUUUUUAGGCUCUACCCAAUCAUCUUUGCUCCACAUGAAGCCAUGCAAGAUAUUACAUUUGAUGGGUAUUAUGUUCCAAAAGGCUCACAAAUUUUCUUAAAUUCAUGGGCAAUUGGUAGAGACCCAAAUAUAUGGUCAGAUAACUGUGAAGAAUUUCAUCCAGAAAGAUUUUUGAAUAACGAUAUUGAUAUAAUUAGCGGCCAAGAUUUCCGCCUUGCCCCCCUUGGAUUUGGCCGGAGAAGGUGUCCUGGUACACAACUUGGACUACUAAAUGUUAAGCUAUUAUUGUCGCAAUUGGUGCAUUGCUUUGAUUGGAACAUGCCUGAUAAUAGCUCUUCCAACGAUUUAGUCAUGCAAGAGAAGUUUGGGCUUGUUAUGUCCAUGGCUAAUAACUUGAUACUUAUUCCUAAAUACCGCCUUAAUAUUGCCUAA